GGGCGGAUCUCUGAAGCAAGAGUUCGUCUCUCUGUAGUCUGAGGAUUAAUGGAGGGCUGUUGAUUUUGGCAAGUAAACCACAGCUGAUCGGAUCUGAAACCUGAAAAAUCAUCGUACCUGAGCUCAAGGAAAGGGAGGGGCUGCUAUCGAUUUGCAGUAAUAAUUACUUGGAAAAUUGGAUAUAUAAGGUUUUUGUGUCGGAAUACAUUGGAAAGUCAAGGGCCUUUACUGUGGUCUGCAAGUGACUGAUAGAUAGAUAGCUAGCUAGGAAGGCGACGAUAGCUAGCCAGCCAGGCGCGCCGAACCGGUUCGACGUUCUAGAUUGUACCAGGGAGAACUAAGCAACAUUCGUUACCGAAAUAGAGGGAAAACCGGCUAGGUCGUUGGCUAGCCAUUGGCUGGCCAGCUAGCUAGCCUGUACAGCUAACUAGUUUACCCCCAACCCCGGAUAAAGGAAAAGUAGUAGCGGAGUACAAUUGACACCUCACUGUUGGCUAGGUAGCCAUGAUAACAGCCAGCUAGUAGCCAGCUUCCUCAAAUACAGAACUCAAAAGGCUCGUGAAAACUCAAAAGUAACCCAGAUCCAAGGGAUCCCUAUCGGCCUGCAAUCAUGGGCAACGCGCCCACCGCCAAGAAGGGCAACGAGAUGGAAAGUGUGAAGGAGUUUCUUGCCAAAGCCAAAGAGGAUUUCCUCAAGAAAUGGGAGAAUCCAGCACAGAACACUGCGGCCUUGGAUGGCUUUGACCGUCUGAAGACCCUGGGCACGGGCUCGUUUGGUCGAGUCAUGCUGGUCAAGCACAAAGAGUCGGGCCAGCAUUUUGCCAUGAAGAUACUUGACAAACAGAAGGUGGUGAAGCUGAAGCAGAUAGAACACACGCUGAAUGAGAAACGCAUCCUGCAGGCCGUCAGCUUCCCCUUCCUGGUGCGGUUGGAGCACUCUUUCAAGGACAACACUAACCUGUAUAUGGUGAUGGAGUAUGUCCCUGGUGGUGAGAUGUUCUCACAUUUAAGGAGAAUUGGCAGGUUCAGUGAGCCCCACGCCCGCUUCUACGCCGCCCAAAUUGUUCUGACCUUUGAAUACCUUCACUCACUGGACCUUAUCUACCGAGACCUGAAACCAGAGAACCUGCUCAUUGACAACCAGGGAUACAUACAGGUAACGGAUUUUGGUUUUGCAAAGCGAGUGAAGGGCCGGACCUGGACGCUGUGUGGCACUCCGGAGUACCUGGCCCCCGAAAUCAUCCUUAGCAAAGGUUAUAAUAAGGCGGUGGACUGGUGGGCUCUGGGCGUGCUGAUUUAUGAGAUGGCUGCUGGCUAUCCUCCCUUCUUCGCUGACCAGCCCAUUCAGAUCUAUGAGAAGAUUGUAUCAGGGAAGGUGCGCUUUCCCUCCCACUUCAGCUCGGACCUGAAGGACCUGCUGAGGAACCUGCUCCAGGUGGACCUGACCAAGCGCUUCGGCAACCUGCGCAACGGAGUCAACGACAUAAAGGGCCACAAGUGGUUCGCCACCACUGACUGGAUUGCCAUUUACCAGAGGAAGGUGGAGGCACCGUUUAUUCCCAAGUGCAAAGGCCCUGGUGACACCAGCAACUUUGACGACUAUGAGGAAGAGGAAAUCCGAGUCUCCUUCACAGAGAAAUGUGGCAAGGAGUUUGCCGAGUUCUAGGCCCAACCAGGAGUAGCGGAAAGAGCCAGGGAUGUAGAGAGAAAAGGCGGGAACAGAAGGAAAUGGGAGGAGAGGUGAUAAGCUGGACUGCUAACUUGCAUUUUGUAAUUACGACAUCAACAAUGUAACAACCCCACCCCCCAAAUGAAGAGCGAGUGAAAAAGAACGAGAGAAAAGACCUGAAAGAGCCAGCAGUGUUGCCUUUUCUGAUUGUUUCUCACCUUGUUACUUAUCCAUGUCCUGUUUUCCCCUCUUGUGUUUAUGGCAAGGGUAGAAGGGGCAGGGGCUAACCACCUCUCUCUUCAGUUGGUUUGUAUCUUGGCAGAGGUGUAGUGACACAUUUUGAGUCAUUGCAGGCAGGUUGAGGCAUUGCUGUUCUGGUACUGAAUCUAGGCUCCUCCUGAGUGGGUCCUCUCUACAAGCUUCUCAAUGAAUGAGGGCAUCUCAUUGUUGUUUUGUAAUUGUCAACCCACUCCUAUCUUGUUACCCCAAUCUCCCCCCUCUGUCUCUCCAUCCUGAAUCUGUCCAAGCAAUACCAAGUCCAACAGACGUGCCUAUCAUAAUGCCAACUGGUUGCAAAACCGUGUCGGAAGCAUUGGUGCAGAGCUUUGGCUAUUGGUGGCAUCAGCCCUUGUGCCCUUUCUAGUUGAAAGCUUGACACUCUCUGCACACGCCUUCUGUCCGCUCGUUGUGGCAUGAUUAUUGGUUUCAGAGGAUGCUCUCAUCGCUUGCAGUUCAAGCAGUGCUGACCACUUUUUGAUCAGAGAAACAAUGAUUUAUCUCUUCAUUUAGGUCUUACUACCUUUUUUUUCGGGACCUGUGAAAUUGUGUACAUGAGCAUUUCUGAUGUUAAUUAAGUCUGCAUUUUCCUCUUCAACUGAAUUUAUUAGAGCAUUUUAAAACCCUUUGAGGAUCAUUGUGUCCUCAAGUCAAUCUGUGCUUGUGUGUUAGUAUUGAAGGGUGGGUUAAAAAGCAGUAACUAACAUAAUGAUCACACACUCUUCUCUGACUAGUGUUUAUUUAACUCAUAGCACAUUUAUACAUGUAUGUUGAUAUAUUAUAGAAAAACGUGAAUAUCCAUCUUUUUUUCCAAAGUUGUCUCUUAGCUGUGAAACCGAAAUGAAGAUUUCAGAAAUAAACAAACAAGUUUGAAUUCUGCCAAAUUCGCAAAAGUAAGGACAUUGCUUACGCCAACAUAUUUGUCAGUUAACUAUGAAGGUGGUUUUUAAUGCGCAGGAAAAAGUAGCAAAAUGAUGCAUGUUAUUUUUGUACAAUAUCACUUUUAAAAGAAAAGAUGUGAAAGGACGUAAAGCUCUGGUCGUGGUGAGGUAUCUGAAAUUGUUCAAACUGACUCUCACCUGCCCCUUUUGUAGGAUGGAUCAAGGCCCGCUUUUUAUCUGCCCCGAAAUCAUGUUGUCAAUUCGUUCAGUUAGAUGUGAACGGUUAAUGCUGAUUUAAUCAUGUUAAUUCACCAGCUCUGUUCAACCUGCUGCUGGCCUGUUUACUCCUACAUCCCCUGAAAUCAUCAUCUUCAAACGGACACUCACAAUGUAUGACUGUUGGAAUUCAGGAUGUAAAUUUGUCAAAUUAUUUUCCAUUUUCUCAUGAGAAAAAAUGUAUAACAAUCUGAUUCAUAGAUUUUGAAAAGCUAUUCUGUGAUUAUUUUAUUUGCAAUGUCAUAUUUUUGGAUGCAAGACAAUUGUAGCCCAAAUCUCACCAAUGGCUGGUUUGUAGACAGGUGUGAUGACGCAACACAUUGACAUGGUUUAGUUGAUUUUCAACAAGGCUUUGUUUUCCCACAAGCUUUUAUUUGGGGUAAUAAGGUUAUAUUAAUUUCCAAUGUAAACACUAAAUGUUGAUUGAUUCGGACCCCCACCAGCCUUCAUUAGGCACCACACCUUGUGCACCUCUUGCAAAUGCAUUUCUUGUGUUGAAUAAUAUACAGUAUUUAUCCUUCAAUCAGUUUUGUCAUUAAGUCUAUUGUAGUAUGGCUUAUUUCUACUGAAUGUACACAAUCUAAUUUUUGAAAAUGAUUAUUUGGCCGUCCUAGAGGUUGCAUCUGAAUGUCUGGAGCGGUCUGGUAAGAAAGCUACUUUACAGAAGAAAAUAAACGUGUAUCGAGUGGAGAUACAGACUUCCAAA